ACGCGAUCGGAUUGGGCGACGAGGACGAGCAAAUAUGGCGUCGAGACGGCUUGAGCGCAAGGACGAGUGCCACGUGUGUGGGCGCGCGCCGACGAGCGAGAAGAAGGUGUGGCGAAAGAUCCUCUGGGAAGAACAGCCGUACGAGGACUGGUACGUCGACUCGUCCUUCCUCGAGCAACUCCGCACCAACGAGAAUGUGCGCGAGUACGACUACUGGGGCAUGACCAAGUCGUCGGCCGCGCUCACGCAGCAGAUGAGUCUCGUGCUCAUCUUCUUUGCGAUCUUUGUCAACUCGAGCAAAGGCGUGUGGUCGUGGCACCUCCUCGCCGGCGUCGAUGUGAUCGUCGCGCUCAUGGGCUAUGCAGCGCUGCGGUCGUGCGGCGACACGGAGAUUGAUGUACUGCAAGUCACGAAGGAGUGUCUUCUCUUCACGGCAACGCUCUCAAUCCUCUCGCCCGUGCUGCGCACGCUCACCGAGUCGUACGCGGCCGACACGAUCUGGGCGCUUUCGAUCUCGCUUACCGGCAUCCACCUUAUCUCGCACGACUACACGUACAUCAACGGCACGACGUUCAAGUACGCGGGGACCAUCUCGCUCAACGCGGCCAUCUUUACGUCGGUGCUGCUUGCGUCUCUCUUGCACUCGAACGAGCAAGUGUUUUCGUUUGUGCUCUUUGCGAUCGAGGUGUUUGCGAUCUGCCCAAUGGUUCAACACAGCAUCAAGAAGACGUCCGAGCACAUGCACUUGUCGUUGGCACUCGUGCUCUUUGGCACGGCGCUGCUCUUGAUGUGGCCCAUCUCGCCGCUCGUGUCGGUCGUCGUCUUCAUCACGGCCGGCUUCAUUACGUUCGUGUGCCCGCUCUGGCUCAUGCACGCCCAAGAGUACAAGAACGAAAUCCAAGGGCCUUGGGACAUUGCGCAAAUCGAGCCACAGCAAUAAUCGACGACCGCUAAAAUAUCGAACACGGGAGCAGAGUUGGAGUAUCCGGAUCGGCUUCGAUAUUAUGGUUGCAGCUGAAGGAUGAUAGCGUCGUCGAUGGCUACCUUCUCGUUCUCUUCCAUAUAAUAUGGUCCUCGCC